AAUGUUAAUUUUAAUUUUUUUAAUUUUAAUUAAAUACUCACUGGAGAGUAAAGCUGAGAUUAAUUAUUUAUCUGAAACUAAUAAUGAUUUGAAACUGUUAAGCGAUCGAGAGGCUCGUUAUUGGCUAGGAAGCUGGGGAGAUGGAGGCGGGGAUGGAGGAAUGAUUUCAUGGAGAGGCGGUGGAUGGAGAGCUAACUGGGGAAGAUAUAACUGGGGAAGACAAUAUGGAGGAAGAUAUUACUGGGGAUAA